ACAGCUGAUCAAAUGUCAAGAAAAUGGAGUUUUGUUACGCAUUUUAUAAUUCAGAUUAGAAAAAGUCUCAAUAUGAAAUCAAUUAUCAUUAUUUUUAUAACCUGCUUGGGUUAGAAUGGAUAGUACAAGUCCAUUUCAACCUUGGGCCACUGACGAUAGUGCAAAAAAUGUUAAAAAUGAGCGAGAACUAGUGGAUGACGCGAAACUUCAUCGGGAAAAUGUCAAUCAUCCAAAACAUAGGCAAACUGCGUCUUACAAUAAAGAAAGUGUCGCCGUUCCAAGCAACGCUCCGGGAUCGUCGAGCUCCACGGCCCCCGGCGGCGAGCCCGCACGGGGCAGCGAGUCCAACAUGGACUCUAAUAAAAUAGCUUCCAUGCAGCAGAUAGUCGAGAACACCCUCAGUCAGGAGGGUCGGCAGAGGGUAGCUCAGUUACUGGAAGCAGUGGAGGCCCUGAGUGGUGCAGAGAGACUACUUCUGUACCUCCGCUUGCCGACCGGAGUCCCACAACAUGAUCCUCUAAAACAACCAAUUAAUCCGUUGGGUUCACGGGCUGAACUUCAGCAGACUGUAACUUGGAUACAGACACACUUAGAAGUUGACCCAGAUGUAUCAUUACCUAAGCAAGAUGUAUAUGAUGAAUAUAUUGCACAUUGUAUGAGCAGUAACAUGAAGCCCCUCUCUACCGCUGAUUUCGGGAAAGUGAUGAAGCAGGUGUACCCGACCGUGCGUCCGCGACGUCUAGGGACACGCGGCAACUCCAGAUACUGUUACGCAGGACUGAGGAAAAAGAUCAAACUAGAAGUGCCACAGUUGCCAGAUUUGGGUGAAUCAUCUAAGGAACCAACUGCGGCUUCUAGGGAAACUGAAAGGAUCGUUUGUGACUGGGCCGAAACAAAACUAGGCGUGAAGUUCUCGAGUAUAGUGGAGUUGUCUCGGCACCUGAUGUCGACGAGCGCGCCGCUAGCGCCGCCCGGCCCCGCCAGCGCGUCCCCGCCCCCACUCGCACAGCCACACCCACCCGCUGAGGACGCAACAAGCCGACAAUUGAUAAAGCAUCUAAAACGGAAAAUACAGACGCAGGGAACUCCUGGAAGACCUAAAAAGAACAAAGGUCAAGAAGUGUCUGGAGAAUCUCCACCGUCCACAUCGUACGCGGGCCACCACCAGCCAAUGAAACACGAGAGCGAGCCCCUCCCACCCGACAUGAGCUACGGGUAUCAGCCCCCCUACGUGCCCGUGUACGACGUGCGACCCACCCUCCCGGCCUACGCGGCCCCGCCCCGCGCCCACCCCCCGCACGUGCCCGCCGCGCCACACCCCGCCCUGCCGCUACACGAGUACCGGCCCGACCCCUACGCCUUCGAGCCGUCGUACGCGCCGCGCGACCUCACACGCCCGGACCUCGCGCGCCCCGACCUCGCGCGCCCAGACCUGACGCGCCCAGACCUCACGCGCCCCGCCGACAGCGCGCACAACCUGCCUAUCAACCUCAGCAGCGACGCGCGCGACCAGCAGCCCGAGCGCACGGACUGGCAGCGCCGCCGGCCGCCCGAGCCGCCGCCGGCGCGCCUGCCGCUGCCCGGCAAGAAGCUCAUCCUCGAGACCUACCACAGCGAGACGCGUGCCAGCUCGCCGCGUUCCUCGCAGACCGACACGCGCUCGCACCACGUGCCCGAGGACUUCCCGCGCACUGAGUACCUGCCGAAGAAGAUGCGCGCCGCCGAGAUCCUGGGCGGCAAGCUCGCCGCGGCGCGACAGCUGCAAGCGCCGCUAGUGGCGCCGCCCGUACACGCGCCCCAGCUAGUGCCGGCCGGGCCCGCGCCCCCGCUGGUGGCGGGCGCCCCCGCGCCCCCAUUGGUGCCGCCCGAUGUGGCAUGUAGCUCCGCCCCUGCACCCGCCGAUGCCCCCGUUCGUCCAGAGGUUGCUUUUUUAGAGGAUCCAAAAAACUUAACGAGCCGGUCCAAAAGCACCGCCGCGGCGCUGGCCCGGGAGGAACAGGAGGCGGCGAGUCCCACACGGUCGGUGAAGGCUCCGACGUCUAAGUCCGAAAUGCUACGCAAUAAACUACGGAAAUCGAGCGGCCGAGCCAGUGGACCCUCGCCGGAUCGGGCGGGAUCGCCCGAGCGAACCGUGACGCCUGAUUCAUGUUGCGGUCUAGAUGGGAUUAAUAUCAAAACUGGAAUGAUUUGCGAAGAGAAACACUCUGAAAUCCUGAAUAGAGAACGUGUGAUUAGCAUAUGCAACAUUGAUAAACAUGAUUUAGACGACUAUUUGAACGAAGGUAACAGCCAAGAGCAUGAAGAGGAGUUACUGCAGUAUUUCCACCAACGCGCUAAUCAGUCGCAAGCCCAAGCAAACACGAGCACGUCUGAUAACGCAGCUGCUUUUUUAGAACAAGGCCAGGACCCACACGACGACCAUAGUCAGGGCAAAAAUGAAAAAAUAUCGCAGCUCAGAGAGUUACUGGCUAAAAACUUAAAAAACCAAAGUGGGUCUAAUUUACAGACAAUGCAAAUUAAUCAGGAGUCACAAAUAUCUCAAGAGAACUGUCAUGAACCUGCUCCCACGAAGACUUCUAUUUCAGAAGGUGCUUUCAAACCACUUGCAACUAAUGAACCUGAUUUGAAUGGCCCAACUUUAACGAAUCAAACUUCUAUAAACAACAACAAGCUGGCUGUUUCUGUUCCAAAUCAAAAUGGCACAUCUUUGCCGUAUGUGAAUGACGCUACCAACCAAGUGACAGGGAACAUUGGUGGCCCGCAUUUAUACAACGGACAUUGCCAUAAUGAGCCUCAGAGCCCAACUACUAGAACGCAACAGUACGAGUUUGUACCUAUAUCUGAUGGUUGCCACUCUCCAGGCAACUUCCAUUCAAAAUCACCACUAGGGUUCGGACAGAGGGGUCAAAGUCCGACUAAAGUAAACAAACAAAUUAUUAUGGGUGGUUCGUUACAAACGUCCCCUAUAUCGCACAGCACCGCAGCGAGCCCAUUCGUGAGUCCACGCAACACACCGGUACCACGGUCGCGAUUGUGUCCGAGGCCUAUACCAAAGCACAAUGGAAGGAAACGCCGGAAUCCUUUGUCCCUUGGUGUAGUGGACCCUUGCUCUAAACAGUUUGCUAUCCCCAACGAUCAAAAGUUUAUGAGCAAAACCAGUGUUUGUGGUCCAGGCAAAUACUGCCAACCGAUCUCGGCGCCUCCAUCGCCCAACAUAAUGACACAAUACAAGAAUCAUAUGUACACGUGUCCGUCGGGGAUGUCUAAUGGAUCUAAUAAUCUUUGUUUAAAUUUUUUACCCAACACACCAUUUCGAGAUCAUGUCAAUGGCGACCAACCCUUAUCUGCUGAUCCGUUGUCGAGUGAGGUUAGUCAGUUUUUCCAAGAGUCACUGACUUACAGAUCAGGUCCCGACACUUUCCGGUCGCAAUCGGUACCCUUGAAACAGGGUAUGGGAAAUAUGGGGCUGUUGAGUUAUAACAAUACGCCAGUGGGAUCAGUCCCGCCGACUCCGGUUCCCAACGAGUUUUGUGAUUUCGGAUCUCUUGCUGAUACGUGUGACAUUUCCAAAGCUGGACUUAAUCGAGAAACGCUGGACAAGAUUUACGAUGCCAUUGACAGCAGCAACGACGUGCUCACUUCGAGUGCGACAAGUAUUCUAAAUACGAAUGACACUCUGAGUAAUGGCUGUGAUCCCCUGCCCGAACACCCAAUACUUUCGGAUGAACAAUUGACUUCGAUUAUACCGAGUGGUGACGGUUUGCUCGAAAGAACUAACCAGUUCAACCAAUCGUUCACCAACGACAGUGCCACCGCCGACAACGUGGAAGAUUUUCUAAAACGAGCAAACAGUAUCGAGUUUGACUUGUCGGAAUUAGUUACAGAAAAAAAUAAAUACUACACUUCACGAUCGGUUCCGAGUACACCGCUCCCAUACAAACGCACCGCGCCCAACUUGCAAAUAGAUUCUCGCCGGUCCAGAGAACUGUUCGCUGCAGAAAAUUACUCUAACGUAUCGAACGGGAUAUCGUCCAAGUCAGUGCCAUCCACUCCGCAGUUCGCAGAGGACAGGAGCGUGUUCAGUUACAGUAACCGAGACUUCCUCAUAAACGGUAACUCUGUGUGCGGGUCGAGCGCGCUGCACGAGCCGGUGGUGGACAGCGAGCAGACGCUGACGUCGCCGCUGCACGACAUGCUGCGCGAGGACAUCCUGGGCGACCCGCUCACGCCCGCCUUGCUGGCCGACCUCGACAAGAUGGACGCCGCUCCCUAUGUCGAUCUCUAGUCCGCUGUUUCGUGUAUCGUCGCUUGUAUAUAUGUAGAGUAAUUAUAUAAGUUUGAAUUUGUUUGUACAGAUACCGAUAAAUUGGAUAUCUACAGAGUACAAUGUAUUUGUAUGCCUUCAGUGAAGGCAAGUGCUAAGUUGUGCAUACCUAGUUUAAAUUCGGAUCGCACACUCCCAAAAAUUGAGUCAAUAUUCAAUGCACUAUAAUAUUGUGAUAAUUAUAAAAGCUAUGUGACAUCAAUUACUAGAGUAAGCAAAAGCGUAACUCUAAAUUUUAUUAUUUUUAUUUUGUGACGGCUUCGAUUAGGUUGGCUAUUCGUUAGCUACAUAAAAUAUUGGAAAUGAAUUUGUUGAAAAAAUUAAUUAAAGUAAUUAAAAGCUGACAUAGUCUAUGAACUAUAAGUUACAGAUAUGUUGCUGAUAUCCUAGCCUAACACAUUGGCAUUUUAUACAAACAAAACAAUUGAUGGAAUUAGAUUCGAACGAUUACUUUGUCUGCAAUCCUUUGAUUAUGUAUAUUAAAAUGUGAUGAUUACUGCGCGUUGAACCGCGGCUCAGCUGUCGACAUGCGCAGCUAGCGUGUGAUGCUACGGACCACAUAAUAUAUAAUGUAUUUUUAAUAUGAAGAUCCAACUGUAAUCAGUAUAAGAAGACUAAAGAUACGACACGUUCAGCCUGAUGUGAAACUGAUAUAUACAAGGACGCACUGUCGGUAGAUACGUAAUUAUUGUUAUGUGUACUAUGUACUAGCUAGAUAUAGGGGAGUUAUUGAUAACUUUAGUGUUUGCCGACUGUAUACGUUAUUACAAUAUUAGGCAUGUACCACUUGUAAACAAUCAAGUCUAUUGAGAUUUCAACAUACUAUGUUAAGCUGAACGUUCAAUCGAUGUUAGAUAGUAAUUUCAUCUAGUAUUUUUAGUUCACUCAUAUUUCUAGCAAGAUAUGUUUCGCAUGAAUUGAUUUUGUACAUUUUUAACGAGCUGUAGUUUGGAGUUUGUAUUAUGGAGUAUAUUGAUGUUAGUUGUUGCAGUAUAACAUCUUAAUAUAUAACUUAGAUCUUGAAUAUUUUGUGUCUAUACAGUAAGUUGUGUUUCCUAACAGAUUUUACAAUAACCGUGCUUGUACUGUAACAUAAGUGUAAGGAAGGUGGUAUGUGCCUCGUGACAAUAUCUGCGCUCAUUGUAAAUCACAAAGAAACAUCGAAGUUUUGAUACCUAUUUUAUAUAUGUAUUAGUGGAGACAGUCAAUAGUGAUACUAGCUAACCAGUUCCAUCAUCAAGAUCAUGUGACAGUAGCUAAUGUACGUAGUUAUAGUGUUUAACCAGACCAAUGCAGCGUGCCAAGCGCGCUUAGUAAAUUAGAAUUGGUUUUUCAUAAGAAAAAAAAUGAUAAAAUAGUAUAUAGUUUAUGAAAAAUGAAUUUAUUGUAAGUUAGCACAAAGAUUUAAUAUAUUUUAUUAUCACAUAGGAGUUUUACUGAUAUACUAAAUUUACAUUGAUCGCAUAAAAUGCGGGACGAAGAGAUGAACCUGCCAACGUGGCUGCAGUGAGCUUGUAAGGUGUAACUAAAGUACUAUUUGUUGUUUCAUUUAUAUCGAGGCCGGUCGAAGCAGGUCGCGUGUCUUUGGCCAAAAACAAUGCUCGCUAAUAGAUAGAUACGAGAGCAGUGAAAAUAUUACUACACAUUAAUGUUAGUUGAUCGUAAAAUCACAUUGUCUAUUAAUAUAGGUUAUUAUUAAUUUUCUUCCGCCUUUUGUUUCUAAUUAUAAUAUUCUUCAUUCUCACUCGAUCUUACAUAUUAGCGUAACUUGCACACUUAAUGUGAAGAUAACUGGCGCCAAAAGACCGGCUUCUAAUUUAUGUAAAGUUCAAAACUUGAAGGCCUAGCGAAAUUAUUGUGUAUUUUGUUAUGUUUCGUAAUGUAGGUAUUGUUUCAACACUGAAAUGUUGCUUAACGCAUGAAAUACAUAAAGUUAAUGUAUUUCAAUUAAUUUCCUGAACCUGUGCCUCAGUAACAAAAGCUACGCUAUAGUAAAAAUGUCCUUUUGAAGCUUUGUAGUUGGUUUGUUAUAACGCUAGUACAAAACACACUGAUUCGACAGGGAUAUACCUAGGUAUAUGUAAGUGAAACCGAAGACUGUUUAAAGUUUGUAGAAUAUUUUCAACACAAAGAAAUAACUUGUCAUGAUCACUUGUCGAGGAACAGAUACACAACGAAUAACAUCAGUGAUCAGAUCAGUGUUAUUCCAAUUUGGUACAACUUACCAAAAUCGACUAGUACCUAAUUACUGUUAAGUUGUACAUUUUGUUAAGGCUCGUCUCUCGUAAAUUAAAGACGUUGAGGCACUUUGUAAAUACUUUCAAUGUUAUACCAUUCCUCAUUUUUUGUGUACGGUUGUCGCCGACAUAUAAAUUAACAUUCAUCAAACAUGUAAUAUUAAUGGAUUGAUGUCAGAUAUAAAUGUGCACUUCAAUAUAACAAUGUGUUAUGAAAUAGAAUUAUUAUAAUUAUGUGUUUAUAAGUGUGGUAUGUCAUGGCGUGUUGUGAUAUAAUUCGCAUCUCUUAACUUACAUUUAUACUGGUAAAUGUAACUUCAGCAGAAUUUCUAGAAAGAAAGGAUUGAAGAGACACCAGUAUUGAAAUUCAUCGUCAGUAUCCCUAAAAUUAUUAAUAAUCCAUAACUAUUAUCUACUAUAUUGCAAGCUAUGUAAAUUAAUUGAUGCCUGUUGGAAUACAAAUUAAUAAAUAAAUAUAAUAGACUACACAGAAAUGUAAUGAAAUAACUGACACAGAAUUUCAAUAUCAUUACGCUGUCUCCUCCACCCUGAAUGCGAAUAAUGUACAUACCUUCAAAUAUAAAUGUAAUCGCGUAAACGUGAACUAACAUCACUAUAAAUACCCACACCGACAUAACUAAUUUUAUUCUAAAUGUAUACAAACUAUGGUAAAUGUAAGCUUAUCUUUGAUCAACCAGAGUCUAUACACAAAAAUAGUGAAGUAAUCAAUUACAUAUUGUAACAUGAUUAUAAUGACUCGUUUGGAAUAACAGGAACUUGAUCAUAAAUAUUCUGUAAUUAGAAUAUUUUACAAUUUCGUGCACAUUGUUGGACUAUGAGAUUUAAAUACAAUUGUGUAUCUUACGUUUUGACAGGUCGUCGGUACUAAAUCAACCAUACGGACACUAUUGCGUGUAAAUAUAUUUCUAACUUAAAAAAAAUUAAACAUCAUCAACUGAGAAACUUAUUGAAUUGUUAUUUCGGUAUUCAGCACUUACAGCAUGGGUCGUUAGCACAUCUUCAAGCCAAUAAUAACUUUCGAACA